AUGUUAAAUUCAUCGCCUCAUAUGAAAUCAGAUAAGCUAUACACACAAAGUCCAUAAUACAAAAAGCAAUAUCCUUAAUAUAUAGAUACAAAUGGUUCUGUCAGAAACUCUUUCACUGCUAAAAGUAUCAAAGAGAAUAGGUAAAAUACGGAUCCGCAAAUAUUUAAUGAAGAAUUGGAGUAUUACAAGAACAGAAGUGCAGACCUUGAAAUUUAUUCUAGAUAACUGAAAAAUGAAUUGGAUGCUAUGAUGAUAAGAACGAGUAAACAAGGAACGUUAGAUGAUAAGACCGAAUACAUUUUACAUUAGAAUCAAAUGCUUAAUCAAGAUGUGGAUAAGCUUCAAAAAGGUUAUGCUUAAAAAAAGACUGAAUGCGAAUUGUGGAAAUCCAAGUAUGAGCAAUAACUGAAUAGCGCAGUAUAAUUAAAAGCACAAUAUGAGUUGGAUUUGAAAAAGUUAAGCAAUGAAUUAAAGAUAUUAGAGGAGAGAAACAAUUUAUUAGAAAAAGAGAGAUCAUAAGAAGUAGAAGCCACUAAGACCACUUUUUCAAUUUAAAGUGAAUAGCAAAAACAUAGUUAUCUGACAUAAAUAGAUCUUUUGUAGAACUAAGUAAGAAAGUUAAGAGAGUAUGCAGAUAUGAGGGAUAAAGAGAUGGAUGGUUUGGAAUUAAAAUUUAAUCAAAUUUUGUAGGAGAAGGAAUACUUUGAGAGUUAGCUACUAAAGGAGAAUGAUAUUUUAAGAAAUAGAUUGUAGGAUUAAGAGACAGAAUUUUCUUUGGAUGUGAACAGUUUGAGACAGAAAUAGGAUAUUAUUUAUUAGGGAUAAAUAGAGAAUCUAAAAAAAUAGUAUUUAACGCAAUAAGAGAUCAUGGAUUCAGAAAUUGAGAAAUUAAAGGGUCUAUUGGAUAUCAAGAAUACUGAGAUAGAAACCUUAUUGUUGUAGAAUAAGAGGAUGAGAGCUAAUUUUGAAGAGGAAACUUAGACAAUAAGAAGUUAAUUUGAGAUUUUGGAAUAGAAAAUGGUUAGAAAUGAAUAGAAGAAUUUAGAAGAUUAGCAGAAUGCUGAGAGGCAUUUAAGUAAUUCACAUGACAGAAAUAUGGAGAAGUAGAAGAGUGAUUUUAAUAAUUAAAUUAAAAUCCUAGAAGGUUAAAUCAAUCAUUAGAAGAAUUAAUUAUUGGAAUAAUAAAAUCAGUUAAAUGAGUUAUAAAAAUAUAGUUAACAACUUCUUUAGAACAACCAAAAGGAUCAAGAAAAAGCAUAAAGCAUAAUAAAUAAUCUAAAAAAAGAUAUUUUAUAGUAAUCAGAAGAAUAUUAAGGUUAAAUCCAGAAAAACUACAGAGAUUAUGAAUAAUAAAAGUAAGAGUUGAUCAAUUAUAACCAACAAUAAUCAGCUUUAAUGAAUUAAUUGUCUUAAUAAAUUUAAAGUUUAAAUCAAAUAAUAGAAUUGAAAGAGAGAUAAUAUGAGACAACUUUAACUUAGUUUAAGCAAUUGAAUAAUUAAUCAUAAAAUAAGUUGAAUUAAGUGACUAAUGAGAAUGAAUAGAUCAAGGUUUAAACCUAAAAAUAUAUAGAGGAAUUAGAAGAGUAAAUAGCAUUAGAAAAAGAGCUUAAUGCAGAGUAAGAGUAAAAAUUAAUAUCUCUUUAAUCGACUUUGUAGAGAGAAAAAAUGAAUGCAGAAAGAUAGAUAAAAAAUCUAUCGAAUCAAAGCAGAGAGAAGGAUUAGACAAUUGAAUAGUUGAGAAUUUAGAUUUAGGCAAAGGAAUUGAAUCUUCACAAAUUAUAGAGUGAAUUAUAGGAUACCACUAAUACACUUUCGAAUUUAUUGGAAGAGGAAAAGCAUAAGACUGAACAAGAAGUUUAGUCAUUGCAAAUUAGUUAGAAUGAAGAAUUAGCAAACACAAAGAAGAAGCUAAGUUAAAAAGAAAAUACUUUGAAAUCAGAAUUAGUUUAAUUGAAGAGUGAGCUGUAAACACAGCAAACUUUAAAUUCAGAAUUAAAUAAAAAAUUGGAACUAUAUGGUUAACAGAUUGAAUCAGUUGUUAAUAAUUCAAGUGUUAUUAAACAAUACUAGGUAUUAUCUGAGAUUAAUCUUACUAAUAGGCUUCAAAAUUGA